AUGCACCAACACCCACGCCCGUCGCCAAGGGCUGCCUCCUCGGCGAACUCGCCGCGCUCCAACCCUACCAGAACGAACAACCCGAGAGACAUGGCUCACAUACGUUCCGAGUCCGCGUCGACGGUCGCCACUGCUCGCAGUGACACCGGCUCCGAUUACAUUGAGAAAGCCAGCGAUGGCGGUGAGCCCGACUUCUAUGGAGAGACCGAGGAGGAGCGCACCCAGAAGAAGCUCAAUCAGGUCAUCAUGCAAUUCUUCAAGAAGGCGACGCUCACCGUGCUAUCCGCAAGAACGCAGCUCCCACAGGCCUUCAGUGCCAAGGGUGAGCUUCGCCAGAGCAAAUGGUUUAGUCUUCUACUUGAUGAAACGGACGUCUACAACGAUGACCUCCGUGAUUGGACGUCCACCGACCUUGUCAACGCUCAACCGCCUCCUCUCUGCAUCGAGAUUUACCUGGAUACAAAGGAUCUGGCGGAUGGCGAAGCUCUAGCCAUUGUGGAUGAGCAUGGAAAGCUCUGGGAUGUAACUGAGGCGUUGACCGGAUCUACUCCGGUGACUACGCGGCCCUCCAGUCGCUCCGGCCGGCCUACUCAGGUCGUCCUGGAACGGUGGAACGUCGAAGUCACGGAUAACCAGAAGAUGGAUCCCGAUGCCAGCAGGAUGUUACCGCUAGUCUACAAGAACGGAAUUCCUCUGUUCCGCUCGUUGUACACUUACACAAGGUUCCUGCCUGCAUGGAGAUACUACAGGCAAAUUGCUAAACAGCCUGUGAACCACCCUGCAUUGCCGCUGAGAUACCGCAUUUCAAACGGCAUGUUCAAGAGCCCAAGGAGAGACACGUUGGACCUCCCACUCUACCCAGGCGCCGACUCUAAGGCGCAAACGCAUCAGUUUGAUUCCGUCAAAUCACCUAUUGGUCUCUUGAGCAUUCAAGUCCAGUAUCGGAGCAACACUGAAUUCCGCGUCGAGAAGUCUGAGUCUGUCCUGAGCUCGCAUUUCAUGGGCAUGGACGACUACUCCUUUUCGCCUUCGUACCCCGAGCGUGUUCCUGGAUCCUUGCCCACGGGUAGAAAUGCCCAACUGGACAGGCAAGCUCGGGGUGAAGCUUACGGAAGCUUAUCCACGUUCCACCAGGCGGGGGCCACUGGAACAAGCCCGAUGUCAGCGCUCCGCAACGCCAAGGAUAUGGGUUCGCCUGAAUCGCCGCCCCAGAAGAUCCCACCCAAUCAUCGCAUUGCAACUGGGUCCAAGUCUUCCCUGAGAGGCGCGGAUGCGAGUAGCCCCGCUUCCCCCAGGAGGACAUCAGUCUCAUUCCAGCCUGCAAAUCCGUUCAAGGCAGGAUCUUUGUCUUCCUCGCCUGUGCCUGGUGUAUACUCGCCGACCACGUCAUCCGGAAGGCCAGGCUCCGGCCCAGCGCCUCCGGGCCAUACGCGGAACAGGAGCUCAUUGAAUGCUCUUCCUCAGGCAGCUUUGAGAACACCAUCUGGACAUUCGCUUCCCAACGAGACAGCUAUCGCUUCUUCAGCCUCCAGCUCUCCCAAGCCCGCACCGAUCUCACGUUACAGCAGCAGCUUUAGCAAUCGCCGCCAACGGUUCUCGUACGGAGGAACUUCUAGCAAGGUUGAGGAUGAUAAUAACAGCAGCGGAAAGGGCAGCACUUCGUCAUCUGCGCAGCGACUUGAAGGCGGAAGCUCGGGCUCGGUGCAGACUGACGAGGAGAACAUUUCAGACUUCCUAAAGCUUCUAGAGCAGAAAAAGGAUCUGAAGAGCUUGAAUCGUACGGAUUCAGCUUCCCGAGAUGCUUCUAUGCGGCGCACAACUGCUGCGUUGUCCAAGUACCAACGCAUGCGCGAAUCGAACGCUGCACUGUCUGACUCCAUUUCCUCUUCGUUGCACUUGCACCGCUCCUCCAGCUCUUCAAGCCGACAGAUCUCGAAUGUUCCUGGAAUGAUCGCCGGUGCAUCAGUCUCCACUUCUUCCAGCCCUGGAAAGCCUAUUUCUCCGCACACGCCCCACACUCCUGCCAUUCCUUCUCGUCUGAGCGCAAACAGCAUCAUCGAUUACUCCGAGCAGACCCGUAGCCGCAGCCCACGAGUUCGUCGACUCGAAGAAGAGACCGGAACUGGCGAUGCUGGUAGUGACUCCACAACCCGCGAGCGCGAAGGAUCCAACGCCAUCGACAUUCCCACGUCGCCGCGUCCUUGGCCGUUUGCCCGCCGCAGCUCUUCGGUCAGCCAGCAAAAUCGCAACACCCUUGAGGACGAGGGCGAGAUGUUUGGCCUGCGUAGUGCAAGCCUGCCAACCGACGACCGACCAGACCUAAGCCUAAGCGAAUUGUUGCAUGCUGCAGAGCCAGCAACCCCUGGAGAUGCUGCUCCUGCAGGUGGAGACGAAAGCGGCCCUGAUCCCGAACCAAGCCCACAGACAGUCCUUACCAGCCACACUCGCACUCGCUCCGCCGGAGCAGCUCGCACAACAACUCCUAGCCUAGCCUAUCGCACCCGUAUCCAGCAAAGCGGACCUAGCGACGGAAGGCGGAGUGCUGCAUCCGAGCGUGGUGAGAGCGAUAGCGGUCUCGUUAGUGGACGGAGUAGCCGCGCUGGCAGUCGUUUCAGCUUCUCUUCUAGGCCACUCAGCGUGGCUGCCAACCUGGACGAUGAUGAACCCUUGCUCUUCACCAUGAGCGAGUUGGGCACCCAUCAAGCUGGACGUAGAAGUGUUGACGAAGUGAGAGAUAGUACGGGUAAGAGGAGAGGCGGUAGCCCGUGGAGGGGAGCGUAG